UAACUCAUGGUAGCUAGAGUGAAGCAUUGUCCACCAUCAAUUAUAGAGUAAUAACUUGUUAUCCAAGAAAGUGUUACACCUUCCUUUCUCUUAUUGCUUAUAGCUCAAAAAGGCAGCACAUCAACCAAUCGUUAGUUGGUUCAGUGGUGAUUGGCGCUGAACUUGGUAGGGAGGACUGCGGUUCAAUCCCCGCAACUACGAUCAGGAGGGGCUAAAACUACUUUAUGUCAGAACUGACCUCCGGACCAGAUUAAACCGGUGAAAAAAGAAAAAAAAAAAAAAAAAGAAAGAAAAGCAGCACAUCCAUAAUUCCACACACUUUCUACUCUUCUCCAAGUCCAACCUAACAGUCAAAAUCAAAUAAUUUUCUUGCUAUAAAUUAAACUAAACACCCAUUUCACAAAAACACAACAACAUAUAUCAAUCCAUUGACACCUUCAAAACCAAAAUGUCUCAAGAAAUUUGCAUACUACCAUUUUUUGGACAAGGCCAUCUUCUACCAUGCUUCCAACUAUGCAACCAUUUAACUUCUUCCACAAACUUCAACGUUACCCUUCUCAUCUCCUCAACUCACUCCACCUCUGUUCCCUCUUCUCUGCUUCAAAAUCCUCUCUUUCAUCUCACCCUAAUCCCAUCAUCACCUCCUUCGCCCGAACACAGCCACGACGAGCUUGCUAAAGAGUUAAAAGAUAUCUUGUCUGAAUACCAUCGUCCGACAAGACCAGUUUGUGCAAUUGUGGAUGUUAUGAUGAGUUGGUCAAAUGAUGUUUUCAAAAAACUUGAAAUUCCUACGGUGGCGUUUUUCACUUCUGGUGCAUGCUCCGCCGCCAUGGAGCUUGCAGAAUGGAAAGCCCACCCGUUAGAAUUGAGACCUGGUGAGAUUCGGUUUGUUUCCGGAUUACCUGGAGACAUGGCGCUUACUUACUCUGACAUGAAACGAAGACGUCACAAGCCUCCGCCACUCCAUCACGGCUUUCCUCCGCCGCAUCACGGCUUUCCUCCGCCUCCAGGUGGAUUUGGGCCGGGAAAGAUGGGGCCACCUAAACAUGGAGAUCAGCCACGGUGGCUUGAUGAGGUAAGAGAUACAAUUGCGUUGAUGAUCAACACGUGUGAUGAUCUGGAGUGUCCAUUUAUUAACUACAUCGCGAACCAUGUUGGAAAACCAGUGUGGGGUGUUGGACCGCUUUUGCCUGAGCAAUAUUGGAAAUCUUCCGGUUCAGUUAUCCACGACCGUGAUUUUCGGUCCAACCGACCAUCCAAUGUCACUGAGGAAGAAGUGGUCCAAUGGUUAGAUUCCAAGCCACGUGGAUCGGUUUUAUAUGUGUCGUUCGGUACUGAAGUGGGUCCCACAACGGAGGAGUAUAUGGAGCUAGCUCAAGCAUUGGAAUCAUGUGAGCAACCAUUUAUAUGGGUGAUUCAACCCGGAUCGGGUACACCAGGUCCACCUCGUUUAGGAGGUGAACCCGGUUCAGGAAAAUCAAAAACAGAAGAAGGGUAUUUUCCACAUGGAUUGGAUAAAAGAGUUGGGAAUAGAGGUUUGAUAAUAAGUGGAUGGGCGCCACAACUAUUGAUACUGAGUCACAAAUCAACAGGUGGAUUCUUGUCUCAUUGUGGUUGGAAUUCGACCGUGGAGGCUAUUGGACAUGGGGUUCCAUUAUUGGCUUGGCCUAUAAGGGGUGACCAAUACCAUGAUGCAAAAUUGGUGGUGAGUCAUCUUAGGGUGGGUUAUAUAGUCUCUGAUGAUCUAUCAAAAAAGGUAACCAAGGAUGAUGUAAUUGUGGGAAUACAGAGGUUGAUGGGUGAUGAAGAAAUUAAGAAUAAUGCUGAGGUUAUUAGUGUUAAGUUUCGGAAUGGGUUUCCAAGAAGUUCAAUAGCUGCUUUAGAUGCUUUUAAGGAAUGUAUCAAUAAGAGAUUUGUUUAGGUUUUUUGGCUCAAACUUCAUGUGUGUUUCUUCCGGCACUGCCCCGUAUCUCGCUACUCUAGAGAAUUCUAAUCCACUUAUAAUCUGCUGAAAUAGAUACUCUUAUAAAUUUUAGCUAA